UUUGGCAAUAAUAAUAUCAUUCAUUAUUCAGUUUCUUCGGAGAAGUCGCAAAACGUGGUUAAUCCACGCGGUAAAGAUUUAAAUGCUACUUCAACGGGUGGUAGUUCGUUGGUUUCUUCUCAAGCGAUAUCAUCAGAGGCGGCAGAAGGUAAUGCCGACGGAAAAAGUGCCGGACUACCACUUCCUCCUGGAAGAACAGCGGCGGCGGCACCGCCACCGCCGGGGCCGCCACCUCCACCACCAAAACCACCAGCUCCGGCGGCACCACCACCACCCCCUAGAGUUGGCCGACGGCCCCCUAAUCCACCAGUGCCGUCCCCUCUUGGCCCCCACCAUAGACGUUCUUCUACUGGAGAAUCAAGUGAAGUUGGUGAUGAUUCUGAAGCUCCGAAAACUAAGUUAAAGCCAUUUUUCUGGGAUAAAGUUCUUGCAAGCCCAGAUCAUUCUAUGGUCUGGCACGAGAUUAAAGCCGGGUCUUUUCAAUUUAACGAGGAGAUGAUGGCAACUCUGUUUGGAUAUGUGCCGACCGAUAAGAACAAAAACGAGAACAAAAAAGAUUCGCCUUCCUUUGAAACGCCAUCACAUUUUAUUCAAAUUAUCGAUCCGAAAAAAUCGCAAAACUUGGCCAUUCUUCUAAAAGCACUGAAUGUGACAACAGAAGAAGUCUGCGAUGCCCUUACGGAAGGUAAUGAGCUCCCCGCAGAACUUAUCCAGACACUGUUGAGAAUGUCACCCACAGCAGACGAAGAACUAAAACUAAGAUUAUAUAGCGGAGAUGUUUCUCAUCUGGGCCCCGCUGAAAGGUUUCUCAAAGUUGUGGUCGAUAUUCCAUUUGCCUUUAAACGGCUCGAAUCUUUGUUAUUUGUAAGCACUUUCCAGGAGGAAUUUUCUUCAAUCAAAGAAUCGUUCGCCACUUUAGAGGUGGCAUGUAAGGAGCUGAGAAAUAGCAGACUGUUCCUGAAGCUUCUAGAAGCAGUCCUGAAAACGGGGAACCGCAUGAACGACGGCACAUACAGAGGUGGGGCCCAGGCGUUCAAACUGGACACCCUCUUGAAACUAGCCGAUGUGAAAGGAACAGAUGGAAAGACAACCCUUUUGCAUUUCGUGGUUCAAGAAAUAAUCCGUUCGGAGGGUUUAAGAGCCGGUCGAAGAUUGAGAGAGAGCAAAAGUAUAUCGAGUGUUAAGACAGAAGAUCUGGUCGAAGAAUCUUCACACGAGACCGAAGACUACCACAGAGGACUAGGUCUUCAAGUAGUUUCCGGACUAAGCAACGAGCUCAAGAAUGUGAAAAAGGCAGCAAUAAUCGACAACGACAAUUUAAGUGAAUCGGUUUCCAAAUUCAGACAGGCACUUGUCAGAACGAGAGAGUUUCUCGAGAAUGAGAUGAAGACCUUAGAGGAAGAUGAAAAUAAUAAUAAUAAUGAAUUUCGCGAUUCGCUUGCUAGCUUUGUGGAACAAUCUGAAAAGGAUAUAGAGUGGCUGAUUGAAGAGGAGAAGAGGAUAUCGACACUGGUCAGGAGCACGGGGGAUUAUUUCCACGGUAAAGCUGGCAGAGAUGAGGGUUCGCAUUUGUUUGUGAUUGUUCGUGAUUUCUUGGUAAUGGUGGAUAAGGCGUGUUUGGAUGUUAAGAAAAUGCCGGUGAGGGCCCCACCGAGGAAAGAAUCGUCUUCGGUAGCCACGGAAUCAGCAUCCCCGUCAGCAUCUGAGUCUUCUAUAGAUAUGCACAGACGAUUAUUUCCAGCAAUGAGAGAGCGCCAGAUGGACGACGAUUUCAGUUCCGAUGAUGACACCUCGUGAUUUUUCCGUUUCAACUUACUAUACGGGUUAGUAACUUAACUCACACGUCCAUUUAGCAUAUAUAAAUACUUUUAGUAAGCUAUUUAAUGUUUGGUUUAAUAAUUUAAUUGAUUAGAGUUGGCAUUAAUUAAACGCUGCAUUAUAUAAAAAAAAUAAUUUAAUGAAAAUCUGAACAAUAUAAAUGCAUGAUUCAAAACCAUUAAAGUUAACAUGCGUAUAUCAACAUGAUAACUUGU